UACAUAAUUCAAGAAGGACGUCACUGGCGGGCAACCUGGGUUCGGAGCUAUUUCUCCCCGACAAACAUCUGCAACGCUCUUUUAUUUCCCCAGACAUAUGAUCAUUGAUUCUUUCAAAAGCUGCGGAUACUACACUAGGCAUCGUUGCGGAAGAUAGCACUCAGAUUCAAAUCCCCAGACAUCUGCGCAAGGAACGCCGUCGCCACAACGCCUGUUUGUCCAUCCCACGGGCGGACUUUAUCGAUUUCACCGCACCCGCCACGCACCCGCUAUUCAGAAUCCUCUCGACAGACACACAACGCCCACCAUGGCCGACGAGGCGCUGGCAUCGGUGAUGGCCUUCACGGGCGCAACCGAGCCAGUUGCCCGUCACCUUCUCCAGCUGAGCGACAACGACACGAUGCAAGCCUGCCAGCUCUUCUUUGAACAGCCCGAUAUUGUCAGCUCGCUUAACGCCGCGAGCAACUCGACAGGACCUUCCUCAGCCGCAGCCCCCGCCCAGUCUUCAGGCUCGAGGUCGGCUGGAAGAGAAGAUGCCCAGGGCGUCAUCCACAUUGACGAUAGCGACGAUGAAGGUGACGUGCAAAUGGGCGGAACACCAGGACCCCGGGCGGCUUUGGACGACGACUUUGAGGCGUCGGGCGCGGCUGCGGCCGCGAGAUCCGCGCAGGAAGAUGAGGAUGCGGCAAUGGCUCGUCGUCUACAGGAAGAACUCUACGGCGCCGGUGGUGCUGGAGGUUCGGUUGGGCUUGGCGAUGACGAGGUGCGCGCCCCGAUUGGGCGGACAACGGAGACGUUGGUGGCGCCGGAGUUUGGAGGCCUUUCUGGUGGCAUGUAUGCGGGAGGUGAAGACGACGCAGCGGACGCAGAAGCAUUUCUUGAGGAAAUGCGGCGGAGAAGACGCGAGCAGCAGGUCUCAGGAGCGUAUCGUGCCACCCGGUCAGAAAACCCCGCCAAUCCCUUUUCGCAGUCUGCUUGGGACGAAGGCCCUCCGGGAAGAGCUGGUGGGCCAGCUGGUGCGCAGUCUGCAACUAGCAGAAGGCUGGCAGAAUUGUACAGACCCCCGCGGGAGAUCCUUACACACCUCGACUGGGACGACACAAGAGACGAGGGCAAGGAUCAAAAAAAGUGGAUUCUGGUCAACCUCCAAGACAUGGCCGAUUUCCGCUGUCAGAUGCUGAACCGAGAUGUCUGGAAGGACGAAGGUGUGCAAGAGAUCAUCCGGGAGAAGUUUUUAUUCCUCCAAUACGACAAGGAUAUCGGCAAUGCGCGGCAGUUCAUCCAACUUUACCUGCCUAAUGAGCAACACCUCAACUCGGAUAUCUACCCGUACAUUGCUGUGGUUGAUCCUCGAACAGGCGAGCAGAUGAAAGUGUGGUCCGGGCAAGAUUGCCCAACGACAGCCACUGACUUCAAGGAGAAACUGCAGGACUUCCUUGAGAGGUAUAGGUUCUCUGGCAAGAAUCCCGUGGCGACAACGAAGGCGCCCAAGCGCGUGGUCAAGGACGUCGACCGCAUGACGGAGGACGAGAUGCUUCAACUAGCGAUGCAGAACAGCCUGGCGACGGCCAACAAUGGGUCAGGGGAGUCAUCCUCGCGGCCAAGCAUUCAGGACCCGGACGAGCUCACCAAGUCGACUGGUUCGUCAGACAAAGGCAAAAGCAAGGCUGUCGAAGAAGAGGCACCGGCGGCCGCACCCGCAGAGGAGCAGGAAGACUCGGCUUGGGCCAAGAUAGCUUCUGAUCGACCACACUCGGAGCCUGCAGCAGGCAGCACGGGAGUCACGCGUAUCCAAUUUAUGAGCCCAAGCGGCAAGGUAGUGCGACGGUUCGCGGUUACGGAUCCGGUGCGGCGGUUGUACGAGUGGCUCAAGGCGGAGCCUCUUGGCGGGGAAGAUAAAGCCGGCGUUGAGUUUGAGAUAAAGCGCGUCCCCCAAGGAACGGAUCUCAUUGUGGAUCUGGACAAGACUAUAGAGGAGGCUGGCAUCAAGCAGUCAUCUCUUGCAGUGGAGUUUGUGGGUUGAGUUUAAAGGGUACCGCACCGUUGGUACGGCGUGUCGAGUGGCAUCACUCGAUUUUGCAUCAUGGAAGCUUGGCUUGGGAAUAGACGUGAACGGGGAUGGGAAAGGUUUUUGGGUCUCUUUUGCCCCUUGUCCUGUUUCUUUCUUUUUUUCUUUUUCUUUUUUUUUCUUCCUUCUUUUCCCUAGGUCCUGGUGUCUGAAGCAUCUGAGUUUGCUUGACGAGAAUAUCAUUGCAAACAUCUAGCCUCAACCAGACAAUGACUAUUGCAUUAUUGCCCAAGGCAAAUGAAUAUAUGACAACCCGACCACGUGGGUCGAUGAAAUUAUAGUUUGGUAUCUGUUCACAACCUAGUGCGGCGGUGAAAGAUCGGGAAUAAUGACUAUUUUUUUUCUAGACGA